UUCGAUGCUAAUUACUUAACCUCUUCCAAGCUGAGCAUCACUGAAGCUAAUGCAAUUAUACGGAAAAAUGACCGCAACAGCUAAAAAUCGAGCACUGGAGUUUUUAAAAUUUGUUAAUGCAAGCCCUACUCCUUAUCAUGUUGUAAAAAACUUGGCAGAGUACUAUAAGUCGCAUGGCUUCCAAUACCUCAGUGAGAAGCAAGACUUUGGCUCUUUGUUGGAAGCAGGAAAGUCUUAUUAUGUUGUUCGUAAUCAAUCUAGUAUUGUUGCUUUCAGUGUUGGUGGAAAAUGGAAACCAGGUAAUGGUUUUUCCAUUGUUGCUACUCACACGGAUUCACCUACUUUGCGCUUGAAACCCAAGUCUCGAAAAUCUGCGAAUGGAUAUAUGCAAGUGGGAGUGGAACAGUAUGGUGGUGGAAUCUGGCAUAGCUGGUUCGAUCGAGAUCUUUCUUUGGCUGGUCGUGUAAUGGUAGAAGAAAAAGACGGCCGUAUUGUACAACACAAUGUGCAUAUCGAUCGACCCCUUCUCCGUAUCCCGACAUUGGCUAUUCAUUUGGACCGUACUGCUAAUGCAUCCUUUUCUUUUAACUUGGAGACAGAAUUUACGCCCUUAAUUGGUCUUGAAAAUGAGUUGUCGAAAGAGGAAACAUUCGAAAACGGAGAGAAAGCUCAUCAUCCAGCUUUGCUCUCACUCAUAUCUCGUGAAAUCGGCACGGAAGUAUCACCGGAAAGUAUUGUUGACUUUGAGCUGAUUUUGGGCGAUUAUGAGAAAGCUCGCCUUGGAGGUAUUCAUGAAGAGUUUGUUUUCUCUCCACGCCUGGACAACCAGGGUAUGACAUUUAGUGCUUCUCGUUCAUUGAUUAGCUCUCUGUCAGACAAAUCUUUAGAAAACGAUGACUGCAUUCGUGUUGUUGCUUCUUUUGAUCACGAGGAAAUUGGUUCUGUUUCCGCUCAAGGUGCUGAAAGCAACCUUCUUCUUUCAGUACUAGAACGUUUGUCGGGAAGCACUGAAAAUUUCUACCGAUGUAUGAGAACCAGCUUUCUUGUUUCUGCUGAUAUGGCACACGCCGUGCACCCCAAUUAUGCUUCCAAGUACGAGUCCAUAAAUUCUCCCGAGCUUAAUAAAGGAACCGUGCUCAAGGUCAAUGCUAAUCAAAGGUAUAUGACUAACUCUCAUGGUAUAACAAUUCUAAAGCGAGCUGCUCAGUUAUCCAAAGCUCCUGUCCAAGUUUUUGUGGCUCGAAAUGAUUCGCCAUGUGGUAGUACAAUUGGUCCCAAACUGGCUGCAAUGACUGGUAUUCCUACGCUUGAUCUUGGUAAUCCGAUGCUCUCUAUGCAUUCAUGCAGAGAGAUGUGUGGAACGAAGGACUUUGAAUACUCUGUUCAGCUGCUAUCUGCUUUCUUCCAAAAUUUCUCAGACAUGGAGAAAAAAAUCAUUGUUGACGAGUAGAAAUGAAAACAAUAAAAAUUGUGUAUAUAUGCCCUAUUUGCGAACUAUAUAUCGAUGAUUUCAGCUUUCUUCAUGAUUUAUUUUGCCAAUUAUGCAUACCAAAUGAUAGUUGUGAAAUAAGAAUCACGGAAAAGUUACGAGCGCUUUAUACCCAAAAAGAAAUUGAAUUAAGCCUUACUAAUAAAUCGAAAGUAAUCUAAGCUUAUGUUAGUCUAAAAUGAUCGAAAGAUGCUAGGAAGCUUAUCCUUUGUUUCUUACACGAUUCAUAAUUUGAGUAAUUUAAAAGAAAAAACUUUAUCCA